AUGCCGUCGCAGACGCUAGACCUUGCAGCGGCCAGUGGCUACGCGAAGAAGGUCCUCCGCGCUGUGGCCAAGAAUCCGGCGCUGGUACUGCUUAUCCUGCGUGUUAUCGAGGUCCUCGUGUCUUUGUGGGGGAGGUGGCGACGCAGCGUCCAAUCCAGGCGGCAGGUUCUUUGCCCUGCCAACGAGCUGGAACUGGACUUGGUCCAAGGCUGUUUGCUCACUGCGGAGAACUUGCUAAACCUGGGCCGGGUCGAGAAGAGGACGCUCUUCCAGGUGUCAGCCAGCAAGCUUCUCAACCGCAAUGAGCACUUGGUCGGAGUCUUGAAAGAUGCCGCCCGGCGCUGCCACGAGCAGAGUCACAAUUGCCUGGUGGCAAGGUGGUUGCCGCCAGAUGAACGCUACCAUAUCCUUCAAGCCUCCAUCAAUGCCAUGAGCUCUUUGCUCGGCCCCAACUACGUACACCAGAACGCCUUAGGCGACACGGACCUUUUCAAAUCAACCUGGUAUUGUGUCACAAUCAUGACACCAACGCGACCGGAGAACCAUCUACCAGAUGAGCAGAAGGUGUCGGAAACCACCCAAAGCCUUGAGACUUGCACCUUCACGGACAUGACGCGAACGCCACGACCAACUCUCAGAAUCUGCCUCGUGCACGAGUCGGAGCUGAGAGGGAUAUCGGAUGGAAAGCUCCAGCCACCAUCCUGGGGUUUCUUCAACAGCCGUCACGCCGAAAGGUAUCGCAUGCUUUGCGACUUCAGCAGAAACUUCCAGCAACAGUUAGUUCGCACCCCAGCGGACUCAAAGAGCCUCAACUCGCGAAGCCCCUUCACCAGCGAGAGGGCUCACAAGGCGGCGACCCCGGUCUUCAAGCCGGACGGAGGGAUGAUGAAGCGAAUCGUCUCCCAACCGAACUUGCAACUACUUCAGAAGGGCCCACCGCAGAGGAUGUCCAUGGGAAUGGGACGAAGCGGCCAUGACGGUGGAGAGGCUGAACAUGUAAAAGUUGCGGCUGCCACGGCGGAUGAGGCAGAUCGAAGCAAGGGUGCCUGCGACGACAAUUGUUUUUUGAGACUUCAUGUGCCCCACUAUGUCGGGCCGACCUCCGGUUUUCAAAAGCACAUCAUCCACAACACAGGCGACAAUGGAAGCCAGAACAAGUUCAACAUCAACCUGGCAGAUGGCAGCUCGGGAGGUCCGCCUCUGUCACCUGGGUCGCGGAACGGAAGCCCUUGGGCCUCCAGGGCGCAGCUCAUCCCCCCUUAG